UUCCCCUUUAAUUAAACUCCACCCACCUGGGUGGAGAGACACACCCUCUUCUGCAGGAGGGGGAAGAGGUGACAGUCACUGGAAUGCAGGCGGAAGAGCUCUCCUCCAGCAUAUUUUGGGAAUAUCGGGAUUGGGAAUCUGGUACGAGAUUGACUUGAAGGCCAACUGAAGUCCUGUUGGUCUUGGUCUUUGAUCUCCAGCAGGUGUCAAUCACUGGAGGGCGGUGUCAAGGGAACGUUUGGACACAUGAGGUUUACAGUUUUAGCAACAUGUCUUCAGCCUCCGCCUUUUUUGGUCUGCUUCUCCUUUUGUAGUCCUGGAAAACCCAGCUAGUUUAUGUUGUUCUUGAAGGUCUUGGAGGCCAACGUUGGGGAACCCUGGUGGCGCCAUGCAGCUAGCACACACAGCCUGACUGUGAAUACUAGAAUACUGUUCUCUGCCUGACUCCCCAGGCAGUCCGGGAAGGCUGAAACGUUCCUGAAACGUACCAAAUGUUCUUUUGCCCAAGGUGAUCCCAAGGUGAUCCCAAGGUGAUCCCAAGGUGCGUAGAGCUGCCACGCCCCACCUCGAGUGAAGCUUCACAGGGGAGUCACUUCUGUCGUCCCCGACCACGCCAUCUCCAUGCCGACGCCCACCAUCCCCAGAGCAACCAGCAGUCGUGAGGGGAGGGCAGCGGUUUGGGAGGCUUUUCUUGGGAUUGACUUGGUCGUUGUCCUGCAGAGAUGCUUCAUCAGUGGAGCGUCCUGGUCUUCUCUCUGCUGAGGACAGGGCUUGUGGGCGGCUGCCGGUGCCCACCUGCCACCGUCUGGUCCGAGUUCCCCUCAGAGACGCCGGCCACCGUUUGCUGCCUAAACUUCUCCGGCUCCGCUUUGGGUCAGGUGCGGUGGUCCCGGCUGACCAACCAGUCCAGCCUGCGGAUUCUGGAUCUUUCCGACUGUAACAUCACCUCACUGGAGAUGUCAGGCGUGGAGGCCUCCCUGCUGGAAAAGGUUUACUUGGGCCGCAACAGAAUGGCGGCUUUGCCACUGGACUUUCUGGCCGGACAGCCCCGCCUGGAAGAAGUGGACCUAAGCCAGAACCAACUGGAGGAGCUCCCGGAAGGCUUCUUACAGGACUCGGACAACUUGCGGAGGUUGGAUCUCCAAGAGAACCGACUCAGCUUCCUUCCAGCCUCCGUGCUGCAGAGGCCCGCUCUGCAGAGCCUGCAGCUGGACGGGAACCCCUGGGACUGCUCCUGCUCCUUCCUGGAGGUCCUGGAGAACAGCAGGGACACAAAGACGGGGGUCCUGGCGAGCAACUUGACCUGCGUCUCCCCCUGGAAGCUGGCGGGCCGGGCGGUGUGGUCGGUGAGGGUGAACGACAUGUGCCGCCCGGCCAGCCUCACUGCGCUCUUCUUCACGCUCCCGCUCCUUCUGCUCUCCGCCCUGGUGGUCUGCUGGUGCUGCGGGAGGAAGAGGAAAGAGGCCCCCAUUUUGGGGGCAUCAACGAAACGGCGGUCCAGCUCCCCCGGCGCUGGGCUGAAAGGUCACCACGGGCAGAUGUCAGCUGACUGCAGGGGGCGGGACGUCCCGGCUUCCGAGCUGCUGGGCCGCACCGCGAACAUGGAUGGAGAAAAAGAAGUCCGGCUGGGUUCCAUGGAAUCUCUCCAACCGGAAUCCCGCUGCUCAGAUGGGAAGCCUAGCGGGACCGAGAUGGACUCGGUCAGCGUGUCGGAAGUGCUGAAAGACUCGGCGGACCGGGAGAGAGCUUACAUGACUCAAUCCACGGAAUAUUACAGCCUGGUACCAGGAAUCCGGCUGGAUGACUCGGACCAUGGAGAAUGAGCCGCUGGAGAUUUAGGAUACUUAUUAUAGGAACAAUAGAGCGGAAGCAUGAUUUUAUACUUUCCAUGGAAUACUUGGGCCUGCUGGGGGAAUGUCUCUGAAGGGAAGGACAAGGUUACACUUACGACGUUCCAUAUAGAAUUCCAACAAUACUAUUUGUCAAUAACGUGGCUUUAGUUGAAAGAGCUCCUCCCCUAUGUGGGGGUGUUGUACCCUCCCCGUUCCUGUUCCUCUUGUUUCUAACCGUUUUCCAUUGGGAAGUUGGGUGUCACUCUCUCCCGAGGAGCUGCUCAACCGGAAAAUUCACGGCUCUGUUGGUGUGUCCAAGUGUGUCAUGCUCCUGUCAUAUAUCAUAUUAUAUAUAUGUAUAUAGCUGUCACAUACCAUAUUAUAUAUAGCUGUCAUAUUAUAUAUACAUAUCUGACUAUCUGGACCACGUCCUUCAUCAUGGUGUGGAAGGGACAUGAUAAAGGAUGUGGUCUUUAACUAGGACCCCAGAUGUGCUACGGGAGCCCAUCGACCCGAGGCCGUAAGGAGAGGAGGCCACGGCACCGUGUCAGCGCUCCACAGGAGGAGUCCAUACGGUUCUAUAAAAACUAAGAGGCUGAUAUACAGCAGAUACGAGCGUGUGAAAAGCAAACAUGAGGCGGGUGGGACGGACCAUGCAACACAUCAUAUGAGCUGUCAAACAUCCUUUCAUUCCAUCCUCCUUCCAAGCAGGCGACGUUUGACAUACAACAUGAUCACGUGAUACAUCUAGUAUCACUCUUUAUGGUUAUUGUUGGAGGUGCUGGCCAUCAAAUCUGGCAGACAUUUCUUCUAGGAGACCCUUUUAGUUGGAGACCAGGACAUCUUCAUAGCAUCACGUUCCUGGGAUAAACUGGGAAAAGAGUGAGAAGGUCAGCUUAGUUUGGUGACUAACAAUCAAAGCAACACAUGUCAAAGAUUCAUAAAAAGAUGAAAUAAUACAUAAUCAUGCGGUUUUUAUUAGUUAUGAACUUUUCCUCACAGUCUGACAUGUUUCUUAAAUAAAGAAUGAAUGCUGUUCUCUAAAAAUUAAAAUAUAAAAUUUAUACUCUGUAGUUUUUAACCUGAUCUGUAAUUGACCAGUUAAUUUUUCCAGGCAU